AUGCUGACGGGUGCCGUCCUCCCCUCCGCUGGCUCUGCAUUCCUUGGAGGCUUUGACAUCGUUCAGGAUCAGAGGAAGGUCCGACGCUUGUUGGGUUUCUGCCCGCAGCACGAUGCACUCCUUGACCGGCUCACGGUGGGCAUCGUAUCUUCAGGGCGUGCGGUUAGCACCAUGUGCUUGCUCACAUUAUGGUGUCGAUACGCAACUAAUGAGUGUGUGCGUGUGUGUGUGUGCAUAUGUUAUGUGUACGCUGGCGUUGGUGGUUAUGCGUACACGUGUGUCUGUGCGUAUGUCUGUAAGUUUCAUUCAGGUCACACCAGGGGGUUGCAGAGAUCCCAAGUGCCAAGACUGCGAUAA